UGGAAACCACCUGGGAGCCCUUCAACCUCUAUUCACCGCUCUGUCACGGGGCAGACCUCAGUUUCUGCUUGCCCUGCCAUAGCUUAUCAUAGCCUGCGGCGGCGCAUGCUGAUCGGCGACAUAUCCACCCAAACCGAACUGACAUCCCCACUGUCUUCAAACAAAACACCAUGUCCAGAAUCGCGGAUUCCAUACUAGAGCAUGUGUACUCCAUGCCAGCCCCAGACCGACCCCGCACAAGGCCUUUGCAAGUCAUCUGUGUCGGUCCUUCUCGAUCCGGAACAGACUCCCUUAAGCAAGCUCUCCUCCUUCUCGGCUACCAAAAUGUCUUCCACGGCUACGAUACCCUUUUGCCCGCGAACCGGCACAUGAAACCAAUCUUGUCCAGACUCGUGAACAAAAAGUACAACAGCGAUGCAAAAGACGGAGAUAUAUCCUUCACAGCCGAAGAGUUCGAUGAAGUGUUCGGAGAGUGCGACGCGAUUACCGAUAUGCCAGGGGCGAUGUUCGCAGCUGAGCUAGUCGUCGCGUACCCGGAAGCCAAGGUGAUCUUGAAUAGGAGAAAGGACGUCGAUGCAUGGUAUAGGAGCAUCUCGGCGACGUUUGCUCCGGUGCAGCAGGAUCGGUGGGCGGCUUUUUGUCAGUGGUUUUCUCCGGAUUUAUACUGGUCGAGGCGUUUGCUCAUACGCGAGAUAUUUCCCUGCGUUUACCAUAACAAUUUUCGAGCGAACGGGAAAUGGGUCUACCGGGAGCAUUGCGCCAUGGCAAGAGGACUGGUUCCGAAGGAAAAGUUCUUGGAAUGGGGCGUGGAGGACGGUUGGGGACCCUUAUGCGAGUUCCUGGGCAAGGAUGAUGUCCCGAAGACGGAGUUUCCGAGAGGUAACGCGCCGGCAGACUUCUUCAAGACGGUGGAGUCGGCACAUGGCAAAUUCCGGAGGGAUGCGUAUAAGAAUAUGGCGCUGAUGGUGUCGGUCAUGGUUAUUGUGGGAUCGGUAGUGGUAUCAAGGGGCGAUUUGAAAGGGCUGUUCAAGUCCACAGGCGCAUUUCUCAAUGACGGGCUUCAUUCAUUGACUCGAAAAUAGAUAACCGUAUCGUGCCGUCGCAUCAAUAGAAUGGGCGAUUCCCG